AGGAAAACCCAGACUCUGGCGACAGCGGAGACGAGGAUGUGCGUGGGGGCUCGGCGGCUGGGCCGGGGGCCGUGUGUGGCUCUGCUCCUCCUGGGCCUGGGGCUGAGCACCGCGACGCGGCUCCACUGUGUCGGGGACACCUACCCCAGCAACGACCGGUGCUGCAACGAGUGCAGGCCAGGCAACGGGAUGGUGAGCCGCUGCAGCCGCUCCCAGAACACGGUGUGCCGUCCGUGCGGGCCGGGCUACUACAACGACGUGGUCAGCUCCAAGCCGUGCAAGUCCUGCACGUGGUGUAACCUCAGAAGUGGGAGUGAGCGGAAGCAGCCGUGCACGGCCACACAGGACACGGUCUGCCGCUGCCGGGCGGGCACCCAGCCCCUGGACAGCUACAAGCCUGGAGUUGACUGUGCCCCCUGCCCUCCAGGGCACUUCUCCCCAGGCGACAACCAGGCCUGCAAGCCCUGGACCAACUGCACCUUGGCUGGGAAGCACACACUGCAGCCGGCCAGCAAUAGCUCGGACGCCAUCUGUGAGGACAGGGACACCCCAGCCACGCAGCCCCAGGAGACCCAGGGCCCCCCGGCCAGGCCCACCACUGUCCAGCCCACUGAAGCCUGGCCGAGAACCUCACAGGGACCCUCCACCCGGCCCGUGGAUGUCCCUGGGGGCCGUGCGGUGGCUGCCAUCCUGGGCCUGGGCCUGGUGCUGGGGCUGCUGGGCCCCCUGGCCAUCCUGCUGGCCCUGUACCUGCUCCGGAGGGACGGGAGGCUGCCCCCCGAUGCCCACAAGCCCCCUGGUGAGUGCCUCGUGGCCCUGCCCCACUGCUCCUGGCACGCGAGGCCCACCCACCGAUCUCUCCUUCUGUUUUCCUCCCCAGGGCGAGGCAGUUUCCGGACCCCCAUCCAAGAGGAGCAGGCCGACGCCCACUCCACCCUGGCCAAGAUCUGACCUGGGCCCACCAAGGUGGACGCUGGGCCCCGCCAGGCUGGAGCCCGGGGGGUCUGCUGGGCGAGCAGGGCAGGUGCAGGCCGCCCGCCCCGCCACGCUCCAGGGCCAACUCCGCGCCGUUCCAGGUGCCGCUGGCUGCCUCCGGCUCUCUGCUUACGUAUGCCAUGCAUACCUCCUGCCCCGCGGGACCACAAUAAAAACCUUGGCAGAUGGGA